AUGCAGACGCGGAGGAGCGGCGCUCGAGGCGGGGCCAGGCCUCUGCGGAGGGGGCGCGGACCAACGCGGGCUGACGGCCGGGCAGGCGGGCGGGCGGCCGUGAGGCUGACGGCGCGGGCAUCAGGAGCGCUGCCAGCUGGAGUCGCUUGCCGCUGUCGGAAUAAACCGGCCCUGGCGGGGCUCGAGCGGGCAUGUGAGGCCAAGGCCCUGCAGCUGGUUAGAAGCAGGCGAGAGGAGAGCCCUGCUGCCCUGGGUCACGUCUUCCUACGACAGGCCCACCAGGGAGACCGGGUGGGAACUGGUUCAACCGGAGCACGGCCAGCGCGCGGCAUCUGCCUCCGGGGUCGGCGGGACGCAGCCGAGGAGGCGGGGCGCGCGCGGGCCGCGCCUUCGCGCCCGGGACGCCGGUGCGGGGCGGCCGGCGCUCUCAUGAGGCCGCCGCCGGGCGGGAGGACGCGGAGCCGCGGCCUCUCGCUGGGAGUCCUCGCCCUCUGCGUGGCCGCCUCCCGCUGUCUGCAGAGUCAGGGCGUAUCUCUGUACAUUCCCCAGCCAGCCAUCAAUGCCACGGUGGAAGAGGACAUCCUGCUCUCGGUGGACUACUCCUGCGACGGGGUCCCCACCAUCGAAUGGAAGUACACGUCCAGCUGGGGAGUGCAGAAGAUCGUGGAGUGGAAGCCGGGGACUCAGGCCAACAUCUCCCAGAGCCACAAGGACAGGGUGUGCACCUUCGACAAUGGCUCCAUCCAGCUCUUCAGCGUGGGCGUGCGGGACUCCGGCUCCUACAUCGUCACGGUGACCGAGCGCCUGGGGAGCAGCCAGUUUGGCACCAUCGUGCUGCACGUCUCAGAGAUCCUCUAUGAAGACCUGCACUUUGUCGCUGUCUUCCUUGCUUUUCUCGUUGCUGUGGCCGCACUGCUGAUCAGCCUCAUGUGGGUUUGUAAUAAGUGUGCCUAUAAAUUCCAAAGGAAGAGAAGACACAAGCUCAAAGAAAGCACAACGGAGGAGAUUGAGCUGCAGGACAUAGAGUGUUAG